GCGUGACGUCCAGCCCCGCCUGGCCUGGCCUGGCCUGGCCCGGCACAUCGCGCGCGCACGCCGUGUAGCCAGCCGGGCAUGCAAAUGCGUCCAUCGCCGGCGGUUCGCGGGUGACGCCGGCCAGGGGCAACCAUCCGUCCCACGCACCGCCCGCCGGAAACCACCGAAAACGCCCAAAAACCCCACGGAAAACGCCCGAAACGCGAAACUGUAAAGCGCGCCCGCCCACCUAACACGCCCGCAGCAGCACACGAACCAACCAACGCCCCGCAUCCCGUCCCCCGGCCCAACCGCACGCCCACGUCCACGUACCUCCUUAUAUGCACAACCCCCGCGGCAGCCGCAGCCGACAGACCGAGACCGACGCGGCUAGAGAGGGGAGAGGAGGCAUGCCGGACGGCGGGGGCGGGUCGGAUGGCGCGGGCGCGGGGGCGGGGAGGAUCAAGGGGUCGUGGAGCCCCGAGGAGGACGAGCUGCUGCGCGACGCCGUGGCGCGCCACGGGGCCCGGAACUGGACCGUCAUCAGCGCCGAGAUCCCCGGCCGGACGGGCAAGUCCUGCCGCCUGCGCUGGUGCAACCAGCUCAGCCCCGGGGUGCACCGCCGCGCCUUCACCCCCGACGAGGACCGCCUCAUCUUCGACCUCCACAGCAAGCACGGCAACAAGUGGGCCACCAUCGCGCGCAAGCUCGUCGGCCGCACCGACAACUCCGUCAAGAACCACUGGAACUCCACGCUCCGGAAGCGCCGCAGGGCGGCCGCGGCCGCCGCCACCGCCGGCAACGCGGCGGGCGGGCCCGCCUUCGCGCCCGCCUCUGCCAUGUCGUUCCAAUCUGUGGAUCUCACCAAGGGCGGGGAGGACGACUACGACGACGACGACGGCGACAGCGACAGCGACGGCUCGGUGGAACCGCCCGCCAGCGCCAAGCGGCCCCGCGUGGACGUCGUCCCUCCCGCGGUGAAGGUGGACGACCGGGCGCCGCCGCCCGACCCGCCCACGUCGCUGUCGCUCAGCCUGCCGGGAACCGGGGUCGGCGCCGUCAUCCCGCCGACUCCCCCGGCGCCGGUGCCAGCGCCAGCGCCGGCGAAGGAGCCCUGGAUGGAGAGCGCGAGGGCGAUGCUGGAGCAGAACCCGUGGUUCAUGGAGGCGAUGAAGCGGAUGGUCGAAGACGAGGUGCGGCGGCAAAUGGGCAGCGUGUGCUCCAUCAUGGCGUCCCUGGGCAGGGCCGGCGCGGCGGCGGCCACCCUGCCGACGGCCAGGGUCGACCGAUCAGAAACGCACCCGGCAGGCGGUCGAGACCAACGGACGGACGGAUAGACGUACGAGACGCGUCAAGAAGCGGCUGCAUUGCAAGUUUCACUCAACUCCUCGUUGUCACUCGUCGAUCUCGUCCAUGUCCGUCUCCAUCUCCAUUUCCGUCCCCUGCUAGUAGAAUCUAGCUAGCUUUUUUUUGUUGUUUUAUUUACCUUAGAAAUUACAUCUUCAAGAGAAACAGAAGCAUUUCGGAUGAGCACUGUGUUUCCUGUGAAUUAGUUGGGCCGGUUGGAUCGACGGAUUGGUGCUAUUUUCCUGCUGGGGAGUUCGUUCGGGUGUGGUUGCGAUUAUCACU